UUUGAUAAACAAAUUUUAUUAUUGUAUGACGGUAAAGUGAUAGUGCUACUAUGUCGAAAUGCAAUCCAUAGAUACAGAAAGUUUUUGGUCUGUGGCUAAUUUAGCCAAAAUAAUAAGACAAGAGUGUUUAUUUGUAACUAACGAGAAAAAUAAUGUAAGGAACUUGCAUGAAACUUAUGAGGAAAAUUACUGCAAAACUCUACAGAUUGCCUGGAUCUGUGCGCAUCAACGACAAAUUUUAAAUAGUCUUAUACUAGCGAGACCCGAUUUCAGCCCAUCAGAAUCAUUUAGUGGAGCUAGCAUGCUGACGAAUGCUAAGUUUGUUGAUAUUUACAAGAGUAAUAUGAUCAAAUAUCCAUAUACAUCAAGUAUUGCUGAGCUGAUUAAUUAUUUGUAUGAGUCACCAGGGGUUUUGGCCAAUUGCCUAUCAAUAGCAGAUCGCAGUGAUAUUUCAAUAAACCAUAUAGAUACUGUUGUUGGAUUUAUUGUGAAUGGCUUGUAUAACAGCAUAACUCACUCAAAAGACGCAAAAAUGAUAACUAAAUUACUACAAAUGUUGAUCGAAUUUCAAAUCGUGAUAAGUGAUGCUCCAAGAAGGUUGCUACGUUCCGGAUCAUCUUCGUUUACCUGUUUGUAUCAGAAAUACCACGAAUCAUCUUUUGCACCAAGAAUUUUUUUGAAAUCUAUUUUAUACGAACCAAUAAUGUCUGUUUUAAUUAGGGACGAAGUAAAACUGGAAAUAGAUCCACAUAAAGUAAUCGCAGUACAAAGUGUUGCUGAAAAUUUAAAAAUGUUCGGUGAUAACACUUCUAGUGAAUAUGCAACGACAUUGCAACUCUACAAACAGCAGAUGAUAAAUCGGUUGUAUGUUCUAGUCUCGCAAUUUGUCAAGUCAAUAUGUGACAAUUGGUGUUUGCUACCAACAACGUUGCGAUGGCUCUCACAAUCGAUGUGCCAUUUUCUAACUAAAGCCAAAUUUUCAAAAGAAGAUGUGAACAUAAUAAUAACAGAUAUGAUAUUCACAAAUUUCAUCUGUCCAGCAAUAUUAAGCCCAAAUAUAUAUGGCAUAGUAGAUGCUCCUAUAUCUGAGAAUACUCGGUUUAAUCUAAACGUAAUCGGGCAAGUGCUGCAAGCCUUAGCUUUAAUUGAAUAUCAGCCCAUUGAUGAAAAACUGAAAGAACUGUUCAGUAGAUUGGACCAAAACUGUAUUAGUGAUUUGUUAAAACAAAUGCAUCAAGCGAAAUUUGUCGAAAGCUUCGAGUACAAUGCAGCGACUGAAAAACACAAUACGUUUAAAGUUGUACUAAUUACGCAUAAUGAGCUUGCGGCUUUAAUAAAUUUGUUAACAAUAACUGUUGAGCAAGAUGGACUACAUUUUCCGUUACACGAGAAGAGUAAAAUUAAACAAAUACUCACCCAGUUUCCAGAUCUCAAUGAAAUAAAGGCUGAUAUUCAAGAAAAACUUAACAAUUCACCAUCUUACAAUGUUGGAACCAAACCCAAAUCAAAAUUGAGAAAUCGUCUAUCAAAAGCUCGAAGUUUAAAUAACUCACCAUUUCAAUACUAUCAUGAAUCGGAGCAUAAAUCCUACGCAUGUAAUAAUAACAACUAUAACAACAAUGAUACGGAAACUGUAUUUAUCAUUCCAUUAUCAAUAAAUGAAACUAAGAAGAUACUAACGGAAGAGGAACUGUUGAACACUUUGUCGGGUUCAAUACAAGCAAAAGGUUCACCAGAGCCAUAUGUUGAGCAAAUGAACAUGCAGCACAGUUCGAAUAAAAUGGUAAUUCCUGAUACAAAUGAAAGAGGGAAACCAAAAUGUUUUGUACUACCUCAAGAUGAUGCCUCAAUUGGCAAUACCUCUGAUAAUUUGGAGGUAGUAAGUGAAGCUCACAGUAAUCAUUCGGUAGCAAGUUCUUUAGAAUUAGAGGAAGUAGAUCAAAAUUAUAAUGACAAUCUUUCGGAUAUGAUUUCUGCCAAUGUAUCUGGUAGAGGUACACCAAAUAUAUCUGGACGUGAUACACCCUCAUCUCAAGUUACGGAAGGUGGAGAGGCUCAGCAAUUCGCAACUCCGCAAAUGACAAAAAUAUUGAACAAAACAAGAUCUGAUAUAGAGGAUAAAUUUUGCAAAUUUGAAAUAAAAAAACUAAUUGAAGGAGAUGAGACAAUUUCUAUUAUUUCAGACACAUGGAGCACCGACGUUCUUGCUUCAGAUUCGGAAGCGGUGGAAGCAAAUGAAAGGAAUUUUUCUACUCCUCUAAUUCCGACGACGCCUUUGAUACCAGGUGAUCAUAAUUACAAUCCGUUAGCAAAUUCAUUUGGUCAAUUGAGAAUUACAAGUGUAGAUGUAGAAACGCAGUCUGAAUCUGCAUGGAGCACUGAUGCAAUAGUUGAUGUAGACGAUAUUCAAAGUGUGGUAACUCGACCCGAUGCUACGGAUUCAAUCACCAGAGAUAACGACAUACAUGCAAACCUAAAUAGCACUUUAAUGGACACAUCCUUUUGCGCUUCAAAAACUUCGCAUCAAAAACUGCUUUCAACCACUGUCGGUUUGCUUUCACAAAAUCAAUCAAAUUGUCGAAACAUAACAAUGGAAUCUAAAGGUGACAUCUCAUCAAACUCAACUAGUAAACAUUUUUCAAAUUGUCUGCAACCUAAUUGUUUACCAGCUCGUCAAAGUUCGACAGAUAGUUAUAAUUCAACUAGUGGUUCGGACGGUAAAGCAAGAUCAAGUAGUAGCGAUACUAAUGAAAAAUUUAAUAUUAGUAAUGUUGAAAAAACGAGUAAUUACAAAUUCGAUACAAAUAAGGAUAAAAACACAAAUAAUUCGAAGUGCAUCGUGCAGACUGAUAUGAGUAAUGCAGGGGCGGAGUGUGCAUUAUCUAGUAAGAAUUUACUCAACCCUUUCGUUGAAAUGCUAGAUUGCAGCUUCCCAAUGUUAUGUAAUACUAGCAUGGAUUCGAAUAGCAGCUUGACGUUUCAGAGUACUGUGGACCAGUCCGACAAUAAUAGCCUUGACGAUGAGUUAGCUGUAGAACAUAGACGACUUUCUUCAGAACAGCGUAAUGCUAAGUUCGACUCCAGACGUAAUGGAAUGAUUGAUAUAGUUGGAAAUAUAACCUUUUCCAGUCCAUUUAGUUCAACAGACGAAUGUCUUGAUCGAGAAAUGCAGUUUACACCUUUAAAUAGUAUACAUAACGACACUAGUAUGACCGAUGCAAUGGCAUGUUUUUCUCAAACAAAUCUUCCCAAUCUACCUUCUUGUCAUAAAUCAACUCAAUUUGCUAAUAGAGCAUUUCCGUUAUCGGGAACAAACUCAGAAAACAAUUUUAUACUGUAUAACGUCGAAACUCAGUGUAAACAAAACGAUCCCAGGUCUGCUACAAAAUUUUUUACGAAACCAACUGGAACCAUUCCAAAGAGUAUAAGUUUCGACUCAUCAGCUGAUAAAACAAGUUGUACAAAUAGUUUAUUAUUGACAGACCCUUCACGAACUGAUAGCUUAAAAGCUCAAAGUGGAAUUCUCACGAAAAUCAAACUAGGGUUUAAAAACAGGCGAAGUUCACAUAUAAGCAGUAAGCUUCGAUUCAAUGCUCACGUAUUUCCAACACAUAGCGAUGGAUUUUCGCUGAAUGCGGGAAAUUCAGUUAUCGCCAAUACGAGUGACAUGUUAAUUACCAGCGAAACGACUGAAGAUAUUCUGGCGAAAUAUCGACGAAAAACUUCAACUUCUUCUGAAACAGCAGCGUCAGAUUCUACAAGCAAUAACUCCAGCUCUAAUAAAAGCAAAACUGGUGACAUUGACCAAAGGAAAAGUACAGAGCGUAGUGGUUCGGAAUACUCUCCUACAUUUGAUGCAGCUAAACGAUACCUUAGGAGUGUUUUAUCGAGUACAGAGAUAUUUUCUACAGAUUUUGAACAGUACAGCGGCAAGGGAGUUACUCCAUUGAUAAUGUAUUUACGAAUAUUACAAGCACAGGCUUUGAGUAGUCAGAAUGUUCAGCAAUUAUCAUGCAUUUCAGAACUGUUUAGGUGCUUGAAGCCAAUUGAACCAGCGGCGCAUAAUCUUUUGCUGAAAGAACUUCAAAAUGACGUAAUAAAUCGGGAAGCAUAUAUUAAAUAUCUCAUUAACUGUCGGCAAACGUUGUUGUCUUCAAUUGACAAUUUAUCAUCGUUCAAGUUCUACCUUGAAGAAGACAGUAAGACGACGAUUCGCCAGAUUGUUAUGAUAUGCGUUAAAAUGUUUAUAGAAAAAAAGGAAUCAUCUGUACAGCAGUUUCGCAAAGAGUUCGUCCAAUUAACGGUUGUCGAUGAAAGAAAAGAUUUGCUCCAAGAAUUCUUAAGCACUUUGAUGGAUGAAUUGAAAACAAACGCUGUUUUAGGUAGCAUGACAGAUUGGCAAACUUGUGAAGCACGAAACUGUAUGGAAUGCAUUCUAUUAUACCGACUUUACGAUUUCGUAAUGUUUCCAAAUGACGAAGGGGAUAUUUUGCGUGAUGAUGUUCUUCACGAGCAUAUUGGCCGGUUAGCUAAAUCCAUCACGCCAUCCCAUGCACAGCUGCGAAUUCCUUUAGUGUACAUUCAAGAGGCCCCAUGGUUAUAUGCGCAGCGACAAUUGUCAUUUAUGUCAGCUUAUAAAACACCUCUUGGAAAAGUUGAAUGCGUUAUUAAGUGCAUUAAAAGUUUACUAAGCUUGUUAUCGAUGGGUUCUGGAAGUUCAAUCCCUGCAGCUGAUGAUAUUAUUCCUGUUUUGAUAUAUGUUAUAAUUCAGAGCAACCCUAGAAACUUGCUUUCAACAAUUGAAUACGUUAAUUGUUUUUUUGGAGAUACGUUGACAGGAGAGAAAGAAUAUUGGUGGACACAAUUUUGUUCAGCGGUCACGUUUAUCAAAACAAUGGAUUAUUGUGAAUAAUUUAUGUUUAUGUUAUUUUGUAGUAAAUCUUGUUAUCAAAUAAAGAGUAGUUUUGGAAAUAACAAUUAAA